UCAAAUCGAAGACAAAUUGUCACAUCUAUAGAGCCCUUUCUUACUGUCAGUGUCACAAUAGACAAUAGUGCUGUCACUUGAAACUUGUAUUUCUUUUUUUAUUUAUAUGGUUCCUUUUCUUGUCCUGUGAUCUUAUCAAUCCGGUUUGGGUGGAUACUUUCUUUUUAUUAAAAUUCAAUACUAUCUUUCUAAUACGCAUAAGUAUUUACAAAUCGGAACAUAUCACUACUUGAAAGUCCAGGAAGUCAUUUCAAUUUGUAAAAAAAGAGCGUCUAUGUGAAAUAUUACAAGCUGUGUCAAGAAUGUCAAAUAUGUCAUUGGAUAUAACGAUAGUAAAAGAAGAACCUGCGGAUGAAAGCGAGAGCAAGGAAGCCAUCCAGGCAAACUUAUAUGAAGAUCAUGUUAUCAAGAGGGAGGUCGUUGUUGGCCCUGAGGUUUUUCAGAAGCCUGAUGUGGCAUGUGCACGAAAAGCUAAAGCAAAUGUCACAAAAUGUGAAGAAAAUAUUAAAAAUGGGCACAUACACACCAAAAUCAAGGUGGAAAAACAGGAAGAAAUAGCAGAGAAUGGUACUCAAGAUAACUCAUUGACCAUUGAUGAUGAUUUAAAAUCUAAGUUAAAUAAAUCCGAAAAUAAUGAUAGUCCCGAAACGUCUAAUGUAGUAAAACCUAAAAGUAAAACCUUGUCAGGAGAAGAAAAACAUUUCACAUGCAAAAAGUGUAAAUCUAUGUUUUCUAGCAAAUUGCUUCUCUUGAAGCAUAGGAAGUCAAAACACGGCUAUGCAUAUUUCAGAUGUAAGAAAUGUAAAUACGUCGCUGGUCGCAAAGCACAUUUUGAAAACCAUUUGCGUACACAUACUAGAGAAAAACCAUUCAAAUGUCACCUGUGUGAGUAUAAGUGCAGCAGGAAAGAUGCUUUAAUGGUACAUGAAAAGAUACACGAUGAAAAGAGACAGAAACGUUAUCAAUGCGUACAAUGCAGUUUCAGAACUGACACUAAAGUAAGCAUAGCUCGCCACGAAAUGGUUCACAGUGGAGAAAAACCAUUUAAGUGUCGCCACUGUUCAUACGCCUGUAGGGGCAAGGUUGACUUGCGAAGACAUGAGGGAACACAUAGGCCUGAGAAUUCAUUCAAAUGUGGAAUAUGCGAUUAUUCAUGUACGCGAAAAAGUGACUUAGGUCGACACAAAAGAUCACAUGCACCAAGACCAUUCAAUUGUACAGAAUGCACAUUUAAAUGUAGUCGAAAAAAGGUAUGGUUGCGCCAUCAACAAAUGCAUAUCCAAAAUACUUUUCAAUGCAACGACUGCAACUUCAUAUGCAGAAUGAAAAGCCGGUUUCUCUUGCAUCUAAUAGAGCACCGUAGUGAAAAACCAUAUAAAUGCAAUCAGUGUCAAAAUGAAUAUAAAUAUAGAAGCAGCUUAAGAAUACAUAAAAUGAUACACACUGGUGAAAAGCCUUUCAAAUGUAACCAGUGUAGCUACAGGUGCAGCCUACAUUACAAUUUACUGAAACACAAAAUGAGACACAAUGGCCCGAAACCAUACACAUGCGAUGAAUGCGGUUUCAAAUGCCGCUUACGAGGUGGUCUUAAACGUCACCUAAUGAUUCAUACUGGCGAAAGACCGUUUAAGUGUAAGUCCUGUGAUUACAGGUGUAGAGAUAUCCAAUCUUUACGGAUACACGAGAGAAUACACAGUAAUGAGAAACCAUACAAAUGCGACAUUUGUGAGUAUUCGUGUCGUUGUAGGAGUAAUUUGACUAAACAUAUGAAGACUUGGCACUAAAAGC